AAGAUACAAUUCCAUGAUUUCAAUGGAUGGUGAUGCAGAACUUCAAAUGUUAUCAUUCAAAGCUGCUAAGAUUAGGCUUUUACGUAGUCUAUGUAUUGAGACCCAAACAAUGCAGGUUUUGGAUUUCGCUGUCUUCCCAGAACCAGAAUAUGAUAUGCCAAUAUUUUGUGCCAACUUCUUCACCAGUGCGAAUGUAAACAUAGUUGUGUUGGACCUCAAUCCUUUGCACAACGUCAUUAUUGAAAGAGAAUACAGAGAUAAAUACUACAAAAGCCUAAUACCUCUUGGUGUUAAAUAUGCUGAGCUUUUACCAUGGGGUGGAAAGCUUACUAGUGAGUCAUUGAAAUUUUUUUCACCCAUUGUGAUAUGGACAAGAUUUACGUCAAGUUCAAACAAUUAUGAGAUUUUAUAUUCUGCUUUCAUGGAUUAUUACAAGGCGUGGCUUGAGCUGAUGGACCAAGCAGUAGUGGAGACAAAUGCCUCUCAAAUUAAACGUAACCAUGAAGCACAACAUCGAUAUCUAACUUGGAGAGCAGAGAAGGAUCCUGGACAUGGAGUUCUCAAAAGGUUGAUUGGGGAGACACAAGCAAAGGAUUUGCUGGUGAACUUCCUGUUCAAUGGAAUUGCUAACCUAGGAAGCAAAAGUUUCCUGGAGUACUUCCCAGAGUACUGCUGUGAGGAUGGAACUAUAAAUCAGAAUCGUAGUAUAAUCGGAAAGUCUUACGAAAAUCGGCCGUGGGAUAGGAAAGGAGAAUUUGUUAGUAACAAUUUUGAAAAUUAGAUGGUAAUAUAAAUUUGUCUUCCCUUUUUUUUUUUUUUCUAUUUGUUUACUUUGUGGAAUAUUUUUAUGCUUUUUUGAAUACAAGACUUGAGCAGUGAGGUUUAUGGAGUUCAAUUAUUUAGUUGUCUGUUUUC